UCGUUUGAUAAAUGGAAAUACAUAUGUGAAGGACAUUGUGAGUGACCUGUCCAAGAGCUCUUUAGCAGCUGAUACGAAUUCGAGACGUGUCCCGCCUGUCUCGCCAAAGCCUUCAUUGAUAUCAAAACAACGAGAUGAUAUUCAUAAACAAAAGAAAGAACCUUCUUUACUCCAAGGUUCAGAUGCAGUUGAAGGUAGCAUGGAAUAUACAGUCAAAUGUCUUGAGGAUGCGAUGCGUGAACCGAACAAGUUUGUUUUAGGAUUGCAAAAAAUGCUAUCAACUGUUCAUACCCAGCAAAGUAUUGAACAACAGUUACGUGAGGCUCAUGCCCAAAACAAUACUUUACAAAAACAUAUUGAAGAACAUCAGCGCAGACAAAACAAUGAUAUCAAUUUAAAUGCCGAAUUGGAAAUUGCAAUGGAAAAACUCCAAGGAGAACAUGAAACGUCAACAAGAAGACUAGAUGAAAUAAAAACACUGAAAGAAGCAAGGUUUCAAAGGGAAGAAGAAAUAAGGAAACAGGUUACUGAAUAUGAAGGCAAAAUAUUUGCACUUGAAAGUAAAUUAAACGGAGUUGAACUUUCUUUUAAAGAGUCGUUAGAUGAAAGGAUUGCCCAACAAAAGGAACAAAUGGAAAUUGACCAGUCAAAACAAAAACAAUACGAAGAUAUUAUUGAAAAUCUUAACAGAAAAUUGAAUGCACUUGCUGAAGUCAAUGAAUUGCAAGUUAAGAAACUUACUGAUCUCUCCUCUGAGCUACAGCAAAGAAGUGUCGAACUACAAACAGUUUAUGAGCACGAUGAACAGGUGUUAUCUAAAAUUAGGAGCAUUGUUGUCCAUGAUGUAGCUUAUGCUGGCUUACAAUCUCCAAACAAAACAAACGAAACGAAAUUGAAGAACAUAAGAGAAGAGGUAUUAACAAAACUGACGGAUAGACUAAGGCAAUCAAGUGCAUUAUCGUUGGACGAUGAAGAGAGAUCGAUGCUGCAGCUUGUACAAAUUCAUUUAGAGGCCGAAAUACAGACCUUACAAUCUGAAAAAGAGGAACGAACACGUUACCAAAGGACGGCCGAAGAAUUUGGGAACAGCCAAAUAGAUUACCUUGAACAGCAGAUUCAAAAGCAAAUAAACGAUCAACGUGUGGCAGAAUCAAUUGCAAAUGAAGAAAUUACAAAGUUAGAAGAUGAACUAGAAGAACGAAAACAAAACCAGGUAACAGCCGAAGUGUUCGCAGACAAAGAAUUAGACAAACUUGAGUCUCAGCUUCAAGAACAAAAAGACAACCGAAGGUUCAUCGAGAAAUAUGCAAGUGUGGAAAUCUUGAAACUGGAGAAGAUCAUAGAAGACAAAAAAAGAUCUCUUGAAUUAGCGGAAACGUUUGCAGAAACAGAAAUAUCUGCAUUAGAGACAAAGAUAGAGAGGAAGGAAAGCACACUCAAACUGGUUCUAAGAUUUUCCGAGGCCGAGAUAUCAAGACUUGAAGACGAAGUAAAUGACUGUUUGCAUCUAAAAGACGUUUUAGAAUCAGAGGCUACAUCUUUGAGACAAGAGUUGGCUGAUUUGCAACACAAAGAGGUGACAGAAAUUUACCAUAGCAAAACACAUCAGAUUACUGCAUUGACGGCUUUAGAUGAGUUACACAACACUGUGUCGUGUCUUCAAAAGCGGAUUGUGGAGCUGGAGACAAACAAUUCAAGACAUGAAGAGUACGAACAACAUCAGUUGACGGACAAUGAUAGAAGACAGGCAGAUGCAGUGGAAGAGUUAAAAACACGGUUAAAAGAGGAGCAAAUGAAAAAAAUGCAGGCUGUGAACAAACUGGCUGAGCUUUUAAAUAGGUCCACUUUUUCAUCACCGAUGUCGCCUGCUCGGCUAAGACGAAAGGAAAACGAAUUGGACGACAUGAGACAGAGGCUCUCUACGGCGAAACGUAAAUUGCAAGAUACGGAGACAGUUUUGACCCAGAAAAUGAAAGAAGAUACCUACGUAUUACUACAAAUGAGACUAGAUGCGAAGGAAAGUGAAAUCGAAGAAUUAAAAUGUAAAACGCCGAUGUCUGAGGAAUCCAAGAUCCACAUGGAAGGUUGGUUGAAUGUCUCAAUGUUUGGCUGGAAUAAACUGUUUGUGGUUGUUAGCCUUCAUCACGUGAUGUUCUUCCAAAACCUCGAGGAAAAGCAGAGAGCUAUGCCGAUGCUGGUGCUAGACAUUGUCUCGAUUCAGGACGCUAGAACUACCACUGAGGACGAGGAUCGGGAACUAAAAAACAAGGAUCUGUCUAGAAUAUUUGUGUUGGUGUAUGACGCAGCAGGUGAAAAGGUACAGGGAUCGUCCCUAGAUAAAGAAAAGAAAAUGUCGGGAGACCGCACUUAUAAAGGUCACCUGUUUCAAGACGUGCAAUAUAGAUCACCAAAAACGUGUGACGCUUGUAAGAAAUCUAUGUGGAACGCGUUGCAACCUCCGCCAGCAGUAAAAUGCACUGGAUGUAACAGUAAAGUACAUAAAUAUCAUUAUGCCACGGACGACGGUAGCGUUAAACCAUGUCCUAGGAUUCCAAUAGCUAAAUAUGGCAUUGGAUUCAACCUGAGGAGCCUUUUUCUCCAGACAUAUUCUCCUGACAUGAGAAAGGCUUGGAUGACCCACAUCAUGGAGAAGGUCCAACACCUCCCGGAAUCAAAAUCUGGACAUGAGACUUAGCGCAUGUGACGAGAGAUUCUUAAGAAGCGCCACAUAUUAGACAUUUAGAUGGAUGAUUUUGAUAACGAAUCAUGAACAUCCCUCUUUAAUAGCAAUACAAUAACAUUAUAAGAUGCUUUGCUUACCUGCAUCAGUAAGUCAUCAGCUAGAGGUAUUCUUAUGCACUUAUACUGAAAGCUAAUUGUAUUCUACAAUGGAAACUUUAAGGGCAGGUCAACAAGCAAACGACUCAGACCACACAUAUGCCAACCUAUUUGUAUCAAUAAUACAAUGUACAAUUUGUGUGUACAUAUACUGACAGUCGUCCAAACUCAAGGUCCCACUGAUCCCUCUUUUUAUUCGUUCCCUUUGUAAACAGUGUGAAGCGCUGAAGUCAAUUUACGCUAUUUCAACACGCAUUCAGUCUAUUCGAGAUUAAUAUUUUCGAGACAAACAGGGUGAGAGAGUCACCGUUAACACGUAUAACAUGUUUGGUAAGACUCGGUCAGACCGAAACGUUUAGCUGUAUCAACGCUCUUAAAGCGAAUAGUCUACAUAUGUGAUGUUUAGUUGGUUUAGUUGUAUUUUUAUGAUAUGCUAUGUAUAUCAUAUUAUGAAAGUACAUGUAAUACUAUGCGGAUACGUUCUGGUCAGAAUAUUUAUUCAAAGCGUACAUCCAGCUCAUAUACAUAGAUGUACUUCUUUACAAUCUGCUAUCACUCCUUACAAAACAUAAUGUGAUUAAUAUAAAUUUAUCUAAUGGUAUACUUUUCGGUAGUGUAUGCCUCAGAGAUGUAUUGAAAUGAAAAGACAGCGUGGCUCUGUAAUUCAGUACAGUUUAUUACAACACAUACACACAGAUUUUUAAUAUAUAUAAUAAAUGAUGAUAAAAAUAUUUGUUGCUAAGUGUCUAUUCUGGUGCUACGCGAACACAUGAAUAGAUUGUAUGCCUUGUUGCUAAGUAGCCUCCGUGAUAUAAAUCUACAAAUAAAUAGUGACAUUCACAUUUUGCACACACAAACGUUAGUUUUGAUAAUUUUAAAACAGCCUAUGUUUGCUGAUUCAAUAUAUAUCUAUAAUGAGUAUUCGUAUAUAUAUUUGCAAUUUUAAAGAAUCUUCGAAUAUAACAUUUAAACCUCGCCGCCCAUAUUUGUUAUUUCUCAUUUUGAGUUAUUCUAUACUAAUCUCAAUAAAAACACUGUUGAGAAUACUGCUUCUUCUAUUGCUACUAAUACUACUACUACUACUACUACUACUACUACUACUACUACCACUACCACUACCACUACCACUACCACUACCACUUCUACUACUACUACUACUACCACUACCACUACCACUACCACUACCACUACCACUACCACUACCACUACUACUACUACUACUACUACUACUACUACUUCUACUACUACUACUACUACUACUACUACUACUACUACUACCACCACCACCACAACCACUACCACUACCACUACCACUACCACUACUACUACUACUACUACUACUACUACUACUACUACUGCUCACACAAGGGAAAUAAAAUAAGAAUUGAAAUGAGUUGUUGUUUGUUGAGUUUUGUGCUGUUGUUCCAUGUUUCUAGUUUGUGAUUGAUUGUCUUUGUAUUCUAUGUCUUUGGCGUUUACCCUGUGCCAUUAAACGUGGGUUAUGUUUAUGUUAACUUUCCGCUACUGAGCUUGUUUCUGUAGUUUUUCAUAUCAAUAAUGAUAUUAACCGAGUUUAUUCCAUUCAAGAAAGUAAACUAUUUAUUGUACUUUGUUA